AAGUCAAACCAAAUCAUGCCCAUAUCAUUUUCAAUCCCAAGAAACAGUCAGAAAUAUAUCUCACAAUUCUUUAUUCCACAAACAGAUUCAUCUUGAUUCCUUUUACCACAUCCACUUGAUCCCAUUGAUCAAGAACAACAUGGUGUUUAAAAGCUAAAAUACUGUUUGGAUCAUUCAAGAUUCAUUCUUUCUUGAAUGGGUUCAAAUAAAAAUCCAAUCUUGACCAAUGAUCCCAACACUACAGACAAGAAAUCAAACCCCAAACUAACUCUGUUACCUCUAAUAGCCCUAAUCUUCUAUGAAGUUUCUGGUGGCCCAUUUGGUGUAGAAGAUUCAGUCAGAUCAGGAGGUGGUGCUUUACUUUCUUUACUAGGCUUCUUAAUCUUCCCCCUUUUUUGGAGCAUCCCAGAAGCCCUUGUUACAGCUGAACUCGCCACAAGUUUCCCUAAAAACGGCGGUUAUGUUAUCUGGAUUUCAUCAGCUUUUGGACCCUUUUGGGGUUUUCAAGAAGGGUUUUGGAAAUGGUUUAGUGGGGUCAUGGAUAACGCACUUUACCCUGUCUUGUUUCUUGAUUAUCUUAAGCAUUCAGUUCCGGUUUUCGAUCAGUUGUAUGCUAGAGUUCCGGUUCUUAUAGGGCUUACUGUUUUGUUGACUUAUUUGAACUAUAGAGGUUUACAUAUUGUUGGAACAUCUGCUGUUGUUCUCGCCUGUUUCUCAUUGUUACCGUUUGUGGUAAUGGGUAUCGUUUCGAUUCCGAAAAUUCGGCCAAAACGAUGGGUUUCGGUGGAUUUCAAGAAAGUGGAAUGGAGGGGGUAUUUCAAUAGUAUGUUUUGGAACUUGAAUUAUUGGGAUAAGGCGAGUACGCUUGCGGGUGAGGUUGAGGAUCCGAGCAGGACGUUUCCGAAAGCGCUUUAUGGUGCGGUUAUACUUGUUGUUUGCUCGUAUUUGAUCCCGCUUUUGGCGGGUACGGGUUCGUUGGAUUCGGAUUAUAGGGAUUGGACUGAUGGGUAUUUUGCGGAAGUUGGGAUGUUGAUUGGGGGGUCUUGGUUGAAAUGGUGGAUUCAGGUUGCGUCUGCUAUGUCGAAUUUGGGGUUGUUUGAAGCUGAAAUGAGUAGUGAUGCUUUUCAACUUCUUGGUAUGAGUGAAAUGGGGAUGCUUCCUUCUGUAUUUGCUUCAAGGUCAAAGUUUGGGACACCAACAAUCAGCAUAUUAUGCUCAGCAACCGGUGUGAUCUUUCUAUCAUGGAUGAGUUUCCAAGAAAUCUUGGAACUCCUCAACUUCUUAUACGCAAUCGGAAUGCUGUUUGAAUUCGCGGCGUUUAUAAAACUGAGACUAAAGAAACCCGAUCUUCACAGACCGUAUAAAGUUCCUCUCAAAACAUUCAGCGCGACAUUGCUGUGUGUACCUCCCGCUUUUCUACUCAUUCUCGUUAUGUGUUUGGCAUCCGCAAGAACGUUUCUAGUGACCGGUGUAGUUCUUUUUGUCGGGUGCAUAUUGUACUCAGCCCUCAUGCAAAUGAAAAUUAAGAAGUGGGCCCACUUUAUAUCCGAUGACGAUGAUGUAAAUUCUACUGAUUGUGAUGUUGAAGACCAUGAAAGCUUGAAUAUGCACGCACGUGAUGAAGCUGGGGUCGGUCUGCUAUACGAGUCAUCAUCUUCUAAGGCGAAAAAUGUGUCGCAAACAUAACCCGACAAGGGGAAUCAAAGUUGGUUUUAGAUAUCUCGACUCGCAGUCAGCUAUAUUCUUGUUGUAUUUAAAAAGACAGAUUAGAAGCUGUAAAUUCUACUGGUUGUUUUCAAUCAUUUGGAAAAAAAAGGUAAGAAUGUUGAAACAAAUGUUGUACUAUCGUACUAUAAAAGCUCAUGUCUUGAAACACACUUUUUGGAUGUUACAUUUUAAACCCCUUAAGUUGUAUUAGAGGCAUAACUAACCCUUUGUGUUGUUGCUUGUC